AUGGAGCGGCUCAUCCUCACCCAUCUCCGCUCCGUGGUCGGAGUAGAGGACGCCCACAGAGCGGGACAGAAACAGACUGAACAAGCUGGUCAGGAGGAGGUGAGGGACAGGAGGCCCUUGGACUCUGUGGAGGAGGUGAGGGACAGGAGGCCCCUGGACUCUGUGGAGGAGGUGAGGGACAGGAGGCCCCUGGACUCUGUGGAGGAGGUGAGGGACAGGAGGCCCCUGGACUCUGUGGAGGAGGUGAGGGACAGGAGGCCCCUGGACUCUGUGGAGGAGGUGAGGGACAGGAGGCCCCUGGACUCUGUGGAGGAGGUGAGGGACAGGAGGCCCCUGGACUCUGUGGAGGAGGUGAGGGACAGGAGGCCCCUGGACUCUGUGGAGGAGGUGAGGGACAGGAGGCCCCUGGACUCUGUGGAGGAGGUGAGGGACAGGAGGCCCUUGGACUCUGUGGAGGAGGUGAGGGACAGGAGGCCCCUGGACUCUGUGGAGGAGGUGAGGGACAGGAGGCCCCUGGACUCUGUGGAGGAGGUGAGGGACAGGAGGCCCCUGGACUCUGUGGAGGAGGUGAGGGACAGGAGGCCCUUGGACUCUGUGGAGGAGGUGAGGGACAGGAGGCCCCUGGACUCUGUGGAGGAGGUGAGGGACAGGAGGCCCCUGGACUCUGUGGAGGAGGUGAGGGACAGGAGGCCCCUGGACUCUGUGGAGGAGGUGAGGGACAGGAGGCCCUUGGACUCUGUGGAGGAGGUGAGGGACAGGAGGCCCCUGGACUCUGUGGAGGAGGUGAGGGACAGGAGGCCCCUGGACUCUGUGGAGGAGGUGAGGGACAGGAGGCCCCUGGACUCUGUGGAGGAGGUGAGGGACAGGAGGCCCCUGGACUCUGUGGAGGAGGUGAGGGACAGGAGGCCCCUGGACUCUGUGGAGGAGGUGAGGGACAGGAGGCCCCUGGACUCUGUGGAGGAGGUGAGGGACAGGAGGCCCCUGGACUCUGUGGAGGAGGUGAGGGACAGGAGGCCCCUGGACUCUGUGGAGGAGGUGAGGGACAGGAGGCCCCUGGACUCUGUGGAGGAGGUUCUUGAGCAGUUUGUGUUUAAGUGA